CAGGCUCACACCACACGCCGGUGACGGUCAGCCUGCCGGUCUCUCGUGCCCGUUCGCUCGCGUCCGUGCAUCCAUCCGUCACACACACCAGCCCUCGCGGCCGUGUCCGUCCGUUCGGCAUCGUCCAUUUGGGUUAGUUCGGGAGUAGCAGACUAGCUAGCAGCAGCAAUGGCGCUGGAGGCCGUGGUGUUCUCCCAGCCCCAGGCGGCGGGCCACUUCGGCUACGCGAUGCCGUGGUGCGACCUGCAGCUGCUACAGGGAGGAGGAGGAGGAGGAGGAGGAGGAGGAGGGUUUGGCGAUCUCUGCGCCGCCGCGGGGGAGUGGGACCACGACCUCGACACCUGCUGGGCCGCGCCCACCAUGGCCGCCGUGGGCGGGGACGACUGGGACUGGGAGGCGCUGUCCCGGGACCAGUCCUCCGACGCCUCCACGGACCACGGCAACAGCAGGAAGGCGGCGGUGGCGCCCGAGCCGGCGGCGGCCGCCGCGGGGAGGAGGAAGCGGAGGCGCACCAAGGUCGUCAAGAACAAGGAGGAGAUCGAGAGCCAGCGGAUGACCCACAUUGCCGUCGAGCGCAACCGCCGCCGCCAGAUGAACGAGUACCUCGCCGUGCUCCGCUCCCUUAUGCCGCCGUCCUACGCGCACAGGGGUGACCAAGCAUCCAUCGUCGGUGGCGCAAUCAACUACGUGAGGGAGCUGGAGCAGCUGCUGCAAUCGCUGGAGGUCCAAAAGAGCAUCAAGAGCAGGGGGUCAUCAGCAGGCAGCACGGACGCCGGCAGCAGCUCCUCCCCAUUCGCCGGCUUCUUCAGCUUCCCACAGUACUCCACCACCACCUCGGCCCACGGUGGCGGCUGCUCAGGCAACACGAGCAACGGAGGGAACUGCAGCGACGCCGUGGCCGCCGCAUCAGCAGCAGGAUCCGCGGAGACCGGCUGCCGUCGGCCAGCGGCGGCGGCGGUCGCGGACAUCGAGGUGACGAUGGUGGAAGGCCACGCCAGCCUCAAGGUGCUGGCGCGCCGGCGGCCCAAGCAGCUCCUGAAGCUCGUCGCGGGGCUGCACCAGCUGCGCAUCCCGCCGCUGCACCUCAACAUGACCACCGUCGACGCCAUGGUCCUCUACACCUUCAGCCUCAAGGUGGAGGAUGACUCCAAGAUGGGCUCUGUUGAAGAUAUUGCCACCGCUGUGCAUGAGAUUCUCGGCAGCAUACAGCAGCAGCAGGAGGAGGAGACCGCCGUCAUGUGAAACUCUGAACUGCAUGCACAUAUCUGCACUGCCCCUCCUGGCUCCUGCCAAUGGAAUCCAUUGCCUGUACAUGUGACUGUGAUUGCACGCACCCUAGGCAUGCAUGCAGCAUUACUGUCCAAUCCAUACCAUGGUCACAAGAAUAUGCUAAGAAAAUCUAGGCUGUAAUCUAAGCACCUACCUCCAUUUUUGGAGUGAGAUCACUUGUAGAUUAUUCAAAGAUAUUACAAAUUUUCCUGAACCUUACCACUGCUUUCACCGUUGGUAUUAGCAGGGUCUCGAGCCAGACAGAAUGAUGGCUCGGCCGGUGAUCUAUCAUGUGUAGUCUACUGUAUCAGUAGCUGGUUGUACUAUACAGUACUACUUCAUCUGGAAAUGCGUUACCUUCA